AUGUUAGAAUAUGUUGCGGAUCCGUUUACAUGUGAACAGGGCUUGCGGUUGUUUCACUGCAAGGAAGAGCCCGCUUUGGCUUCUACUCAUGCUGACGACAAGGCAGAUGGUCCCGUCUGUGGAACCAAAGGGGCGGAUGAGGCCUCAGCUCUCUUAUGGCGCCCUCGUCAGAAUCCAGUCCUUGGCAAGGCCCUAGCAGACUUGUCGGUGAAGCUGUGUUGA